AUGAUCGAUGUCAUGGCAACCGGUUGGGUUGGGUUUGGUGUUGCCCGUCGUGCUCCGACGGGCAUGCAGGGAUAUGAUGUGGCGGUUGGUGGAGUUUUAAAUGGAUUGGCUUAUUUGCAGGUAAAACGAAAUUCUUAAAUUUGAACUCAAGUCCUUCCUCUGCUGAGCAAGUUUUUUUUUGUUUUUAUAAUUCCCAAGCCGAACAAAAAAGUGUAGUUUUUUGAUUAAGCCCAGAAGCGAGAUAUAUUUCAACAGAAAGCUAUGAAACGACGAAAAAUAUCGACUGAAAUUUCUGAUUUCAUUAUACAAUGAACGGCUGAAAAGACAAGGAGAAAUGGGUGAUGGAAUACAACAGAAAAUUAUAUUUAGUGAUGAUAUUUCCAAGAAAAUCAAAAAUUUAAAAUUGAGAUCACCUCACAAAACUGCACGAUAAUCACGAUUUAACACUUUAACUCCCAAGAUUUCUUUAAUAAUUCUCCUUACUGUCUGCCAUACAAUUCUUAUGAUGUCAAUUUGGAGAAUUUGGUAUUGGAUCAACCAAUAAUUCCCUAACUGAUAUUUUACUUUAUUCUCAUCACUUCUAUGCUUGAUGUUGUGUUGAUUAUUGUUAGGAGAAAUUCUCUCUUAGUCACUCAUGGGAGGAAAAAGGUUAACCUCUACACAAUAACAUCACUACGGAUGUUCUCCAUGAUUUUCUUUACGCAUUUCCUAAGGUACUGACACAGAGAACUUGUUGAACAAAAAAGAACUUCUUACGUUUGAUUUAGGAGUGAUAUUAUUAGAAGAAAUUAGAUGCCAGUCACUCUUAGAGGUUUAUAAUGGGGUAAACGACUAUUUCAUCCCAUAUACUGAUAUUACCAAAAUGAUACUUAUUUGACUAACUUAUAUACAAGUAAAUAUAAUCGUGUUUUACUUUGGUUGAAAAAGGAUUAUCUCACAGUUGGCCUAGCACAACCUCAAGUUGACAGUCAGCAAGACUGGGCAUUAACUUACGCCAAAGAAGAAAAUGGAAAAACAACAUUGCAGUUGUAUCGCAGGAGAGACACUAGAGAUCCAAUAGGUGACGUCCGCAUACAGGUAAAAUAAUGAGCUUGUCACCUGCAUAUGUUAAACAAUUAUUAGAUUCGCUUUUUGUGAUGUCCAGAAUUAUCAAGGUCGAGGUAGGGGUUAUCAGCUCAGCCUUCAGCUUCAGCCCAUAACCCCUAGUGAGAAUAUAAAAAUUGUUUUAUCAUGUAUUGAACGAAAACAAAUGGCCCCGACAGUAAAUGGAACUGACAAUUUAUUUCUAAACGUGUAAAAAUAUAUGCGAAUCAGCAAGCAACACAAAGCACGCGAACUUGACAUGAUUACCCUUAGAAAUCAUGCACCCCGGUCACACAUGACAUGAUUACCCUUGACCUUGAGUGUCUGCAGUUAGCUGACGUCCUUGGCGCUGAACUCGAAAAUUCACUGAAUGCUUUCGGCUAAUCAGAAAAGAGAUAGUUUAAGACCAGAAAUCCUACCAUGAGAAAAAUUCGUCAUCACCUGACAUCACAAUACUUAACAAUUGGUUUAAGGCUCGAGCAACUCUUGCGCAUCUUUCGUGCUCUCCAAACUUCCCACGUGCCUCAUAUCUCGAUGAACGCACAGCUGACUUAUGACUUAACUAAUUGUUUUAUAACAUUUUCAACCCGAUUGUUUGAUGACGUUAUGAGCGUGCACAAUGGGAAUAUGAAGCACGCUCACGCAAUUGAAUUUGAUUAGACAAAGUUACUAGCUAUGUUAUGAAGCAGAUCGAAUGAUGGAAAAUACAUCUAGUUUCACUUGUAUGUAAUAAUUUGAUCCUCUGCAGCAAGGAGCACCGAUUUUCCUUAUAUGGGCAUACCAUAUAACGAAUGACGCCCAGUCAGGCCUAUUGACAUUCCAUGGUGGCGGAUCCAGAGGUUUCAGAAACGUUCUUCUAAUACCUGUCAUUACACCCACAGUGACAAGUCCAUCUGGUAAGUAACUGCCACCGUUGUAUGAGCUGAGAGAGCUGUAUGAUAGCGAUAUGAAAGCAGAACGGAAUGGUACAACAAGGUUACCAUGCCCACUGAUAAUCAGCUUUCAACGUCGCUAGAGAUGAUCGCACUUAAUAUCACAGCCUAAAAGUGUGCUUUUCUUUAUCUUGAGGUUUUCCAUCCGCGACACUCCAGCCAUCACCAUCUCCAGCUUUUGGUGGCAUGAAUGCGACAUCGUCUACAAAGCCACCCUUUACAGGUACGCAAACGUUCUCGAACUGGCUAAAAUUAUGGUACCUAUUUACUUUUCUGAUAUAAUUCAGUCCAAUACAUCAAAUGCACUCAAGGAUCAAUCUCAGCCGCGCUGAAGCGCCAGGAGGCGAGUUCGUUCACUACUCCGCAAUCCUUCCCUUCCUAAUGUUGCAUAAAUCGAACAACUCUAGAAGCUGUUAAAAUGAGUCCAAUGCUGACACAAAAAAAAUUCUCAGCUUUACCCAUUAAGUAGCUACACAUUUGGCUAUCCUUGCAGAUUGAUGAAGGGAAUUUCGUGUUAUAUCGAGAUAAAAGCCCCUUCAAUUAAAAAUUUUCCCUUUCUUAUCAUUUGUUGGCUAACAGCGUACCGACCUUUAAAGAUAAAGCUACUGGUUAACCACUUUGGGCUCCUUCUUGGUGUAGAGGACGCAAGAAAAGUGGAAUAGAACACCGCCCCACUAAUUGUUUUCAUCAUUGUUUACCUCGUUCAAAGGCUGGCAUGUUCGACGUUCCUUUCAUGAUUUUUUUUUUUCUGGCAGGAUGUGGAGGAAUAUUAAACAUGACAAGUGGAACAUUUGCAACUCCUGGAUAUCCAUUUUCCUACACUAACAAUUUGAACUGCCUAUGGACUCUUCCUAUCCCUACCGACGGCGUUUUGAGUCUACAGUUUGAAAGAUUUACCACAGAGCGGUGGUACGUACAUGAAGGAAACAUGAGUAUAAUUGUACCAGAAGAGCAACUUAAAGUUUGUUAAAAGUAAGGUCGGAUUGCUUUGGUCUUGCUAUGAUACGCUCAAGAAAUCUUGCACGAACCUCUUAACCAACUAGACCCCAAGCUAUAAUGAAUUUCGACUUGAUCAUUUGCAUUCUUGGAAAGUGCACUUGUCAGGAAAAAAAAACUCACUCGUUUUAUCCCCAGAAGUUACUGAAGAUACUUGAAAAUGAGUGCUUGUUGAUCAUGGUUAGAAUUUGCAAAAAAUCUUUUAGUACUUCCUUGACAAGUGUCAUUGUCAUUUAACAGACAUUAAAUUUUUUGGCUCCAUUUACAAUGGCACUUGUCUAUCUAAGGCAUUGCAAGAUAAAUACGGGAAAAAAUUUUAAAUUAAACUCUGGUGUUGUAAAUGCGGUCUAAUGGUUUCCUUUUCUUUCUUUUCUACGGAAGCUGUGAUUUUGUUGAGCUGACAGUCCGCACCGGGCAGUUAGCAAGAUUGAGUGGUUCUAGGAACGGAUUCAACAUCACAGUAAGAGGCGACAGAAGUCGGGUACUCAGUAUCAGAUUAACAACUGAUGGAUCGGUCACAGGACUUGGUUUCUUGGCUCGCUACGUCAUAAUAUUCGGUGAGCGAACCAUAAAUUCUUGGAGCAGUUACACCAUGACUAUAUAUAUAUAAAGCAUCUUGUGCGUGUACGUGUUGAUCCCCUAAUCGUUUACUAACCUUAGUAUUUCAUGGCUAACAUUGUCUGUCCUUUCGGGAUUACACAAUUGCAGGAUUAGGUAAAACGCAAGCAGUAUAAAACGAUGACAAUGAAUAAUAAUUUGAAAAGAUUGACAGGAAAAAACUAAGCAAUUUUAGAGACAAUUGAUUGCUUUACGAUCACGCUGACUAGCAAUUCUUAUCGCCUUAAGUUGCACAAAUCGUCUGAUUUCUAGUUUGCAAAACUGAUCCUGCAUCUAUGGUAACUUGAGGUUCCAAGUUGGUCUUUUGUUAUUUGUCUUAAAUGUGUGGGUAAUUUCUGCUAGGCGAACUCCUGUGGAUGUCCAUUCUAGUAACAUGAUAUUUUUUAGAUGUAAAACAGAGAACAUAAAUUACGUUUUUGAUGUAAAACAUGCCCAUACAACGAUAACAAUGACAGUUAAAAUUUCGUUUUUCAGUGCCACAGCCUACAUCUUUUACUCCUUUUAACAACGUAACCUCGCCAAACACAGUACAACCACCUUCAAAUACCACACUUGUGAUAUUACCAACGGAAGUUCCAAGGUAAGUUUCCAAAUUUCACUACUUCAUGUCAAACAACUUGGCUUUUAGUUCGAGUCUGCCUUAAAUAAUCGUAUUUAAAAUAAAGAACUAUGCUGCACCUGUUUUAGAAAAGUUUCGGUUGACAUUAAUGUUUGUUUCAUACAUAGCAAAACACUUAUUUAGAUUUAUCAUAUAAACAGAUAUCUUAAGGCUGAUACGUUUAUAUCAGACCAACAUCAUGUCAGACCUGGCAAAUCAGUAGAUCCUUUGAUUGACAUUUUACAUUAAAGUUUUACACAAGAUCAUAUUCUUGUUAACAGAGCUCUUGUUGAUUUACUCGUAUCUCUUGGUCGAAUUAUCGUGAGGGUAAGUAUAUGUCUCUUUUCUCAUACGAAUUUAUUUUCGCGCACUGGUACCCCAAUCAACUCCCACGAUUUUAAAUCGAAAAGUACGAUCACCCGCAAGCUAACGCUUGCCGACCAAUUUCUCACGCCUUACAGAUAAAAAAUUGCUAAAAAAAGCUUUCGAUUCAUGAUACCCUCAGUAAACAGCAUUCUCUAACCAUAAAAGAGAGGUAUCUUAAUUUUCCACAGCGUAUGCGAAUAGAGUAUCUUUGAGGAGGUUGUGUCAGAACUCUACGCAUCGCCUGCAGAACUCUUCAGAAUUCUUCGUUUAUUCCCGACGCUUCUGCAAAAUAUACCAUGUUGCGUCUCCAGGAAAAUAAACUCUUGGCUAUGACUCGAAAAAAAUCCCAGCAGUUACAUAUGGAGACUUAUUGAUCUCUUCAAACUUUGGGACUAGUUUGAGCCUUGCAAAACUCGUGAGUGAAUAAGCUCCUAAUGAUUAUUACUUUGUUCUUCAUUAGCUCCAAGGACUUAUCCAAGGAGAACUAACUAACGACGCUUUUGAAAAUAUCCGAAGUAAGUGAAAUAUUUUGAAUCAAAAUCCAAAAACCAAGCUCUAAGGUAGAAAAUGAUUCAUCUUUAUUGGCCAUAAGUCCAAUCCGUUGUUUUUCAAAACCUCCUCCGACCCAAGUCCUCAAAGUGAUGUGUUUACUCGAAUCAGACUAACAUUCCAUUUAGCAAAAAUAACGAACAUUGCAUCGUAGAAGAAUAUUAGAGCAGCUCAUUCUAAAAGUUGAAAAUGUAUAACAUAGUUCCGAGUUCUAGAGUUAAGGAGAAAUGGUAGCAGAAAAAAUUUAAAAAAAGAGAAAGACCAAAAAAAAUUGAUUUUGAUGAAACGAAACAGUUAGUGGAUGGCCAGGUUCUCGGUUAAUGGAGAAAAACAAAAAUAUGGCUAGUGAGAGAUAACCUGCAGGUUUUUUCUCUUCUUUUGCUGACUGCCUGGGAAAAGCUAAUCAGUGUGUAACCAAGGGGUGCAUCUGAAUAAAGGAUCUUCUCGAAUUUGAAAUCCAGCGCCCAUAACUGUAUUAAAUGCCGCUUUUGUUUUGACAGAUGACACCCUGCUGAUUUUACAGCAAGCUGAGAGACAGUUGGAAAGGCCUAGUGGCAGGUAUUUCGGAAAGAGGGCGAUACACCAGUUACCUGACCCAGAAGAACUGGCUCAAAUGAUGUACGAGAUUCAACGACGACUGUUAGGCUAA